GCAGUGAUUGGCCGGCGACGGUUCGUAGGAGGAGCUGGAAGUGACAGAGUCAUCCUGGCUGCUAUAAGAAGCCUCACUCUCUCCUGGUGCCAGUGAAAUUCACAUACGGAUGAACGGCGCAGAUGUCAUGUGAAAGGCCACAUGCUUCCAUUCAGACACAGAGCGCUAGCGGAACAGUCAUGACACACUGAAGGAGAGAAGCUGCAAUGGUGGGAGAGCAACCUCCUGACAGUGUUAUUACCGCCUUCUAGCCGCCGCCGCUUUUCUCGCCGAGGAUUGGGUUUUGAUAUAUAUUCAUGAUCAUUUUCCAUUUGAAGUCGCCACCAUGCGAGCUCAAAUUGAAGUAAUACCUUGCAAAAUCUGUGGUGAUAAGUCCUCUGGGAUCCACUAUGGAGUGAUCACUUGUGAAGGCUGUAAGGGAUUCUUUAGGAGGAGUCAGCAGAACAAUGCCUCUUACUCCUGUCCUCGACAGAGAAACUGUUUAAUCGAUCGAACUAAUCGGAAUCGUUGUCAGCAUUGUCGCCUGCAGAAAUGUCUUGCCCUUGGAAUGUCUCGUGAUGCUGUAAAGUUUGGGAGAAUGUCCAAGAAGCAGCGGGACAGUCUAUAUGCCGAAGUCCAAAAGCACCAACAGAGACUACAAGAGCAACGGCAGCAGCAGAGCGGUGAGGCAGAAGCCCUCACCCGUGUCUAUACAAACAGCAUCAGCAAUGGCUUGACAGACCUGAACAACGAAAUUGGUGGCACUUAUUCAAAUGGACAUGUCAUUGAUCUUCCAAAAGUACAAUCUGAGGGAGCUAAUGGAUAUUACAGUGUAGAUUCUGCUCAACCAUCACCAGAUCAGUCUGGGAUAGACAUGGCUGGAAUCAAGCAAAUAAAACAAGAGCCUAUUUAUGACCUCACCCCUGUUCCAAACUUGUUUACGUAUAGCUCUUUUACAAAUGGUCAGCUGGCUCCUGGAGUAACAAUGACUGAAAUAGAUCGUAUUGCACAGAAUAUAAUCAAGUCCCACUUGGAGACAUGUCAGUAUACAGUGGAAGAACUUCAACAGUUGGCAUGGCAGACGCACACAUAUGAAGAAAUAAAAACUUACCAAAACAAGGUGAGGGAAGUCAUAUGGCAACAAUGUGCAAUUCAGGUCACGCACGCAAUACAGUACGUAGUCGAGUUUGCCAAACGCAUUACAGGGUUCAUGGACUUGUGUCAGAAUGAUCAAAUACUCCUCCUCAAAUCAGGUUGUUUGGAGGUGGUGUUGGUCAGAAUGUGCCGUGCCUUUAAUCCACUGAACAACACAGUGCUUUUUGAAGGAAAAUAUGGAGGCAUGCAAACAUUCAAAGCUCUCGGAUGUGAUGACCUAGUCAAUGCUAUAUUUGACUUUGCUAAGAGUUUGUGCUCCCUUCAGCUGACCGAGGAAGAAAUUGCUUUGUUUUCAGCUGCUGUUCUGAUAUCACCAGAUCGACCAUGGUUGAUGGAACCAAGGAAGGUUCAAAAGCUACAGGAAAAAGUUUAUUUUGCACUACAGCAUGUGAUUCAUAAAAAUCACCUGGAUGACGACACAUUAGCAAAGUUGAUCUCCAGGUUACCAACUUUAACUGCACUUUGCAACCUGCACACUGACAAGCUCCAGGCAUUCAAGCUGUUGCACCCAGAGACAGCCAACAGCCUGUUUCCUCCUCUCUACAAGGAGCUCUUUAACCCGGACUCUUCAGUCCUCCCCAAGUGACGGUGGUGGCUGGCACACACCAUCAUGCUUGCAAUAAAGCUCUCUUCAGAAAAAGACAAAACACAUGUAAAUUUGAGACUUCUAAAUGAAAAAAAAUUACUACUGCAACACUAGGAAUGUCCUGCACUUAAAUAGAUUCUUUUUCACCGCUACCGAUUAAAGAAUGUAAAUACUGCACCUGAUAUGGAACUUUUGUGGAACCAUUCAGAAAAUGUACAAAAGCUAAGUCAUUCUACUUUUAUCUGUUUUGGGGGUAAGUUUUAACAAUCAGAUGCUGGUUAAUACUGUUUUAUAAUUAGAACCGUGAUUUCACAGUAUUAUUCCUUCUAUUCAUGGCUCAAGAUAUGAUUUAAGAGAAUUCAGCCUAUUGAGCUGAACUGUUUCUCUGUGUAUUUUUUUUCAUGUCUUUCAUUGGGUCUUGCAAUUUUACUUUUGAGGAUUUCACAAUUCCAAUGUAUAUGGAUGCAAGUAUAUAUUUGGAAAAGAUGUGAAAGUUAAAAAGACAAACAAAAGUCUUGUCUGGAUUGUUGAGAAAUUGAGUGUGGAUUCUAGUAUGUUAAAUGGAAAGAUGAUUUUAGGGAUUUGUUUCUUGGAAAUGUAAACUUUAGAUUGAAAAAGCACUAGUUUUCCACAUUAAGCUAUAUUUUUAUGUAUAAAGUUGCACAGAAUGACAAAAACACAAAUCAAAAAAGAUAUUAUUUGAUCUUUUUAGCUGUAAUGGCCAUGACAAAGUAAUUUCUGUUCUAAAACAUUAUGUGAAAGCUGUAAUGGUCUUUGUUUUUAGUAACAGUUUGUGUCUCAGUGUGUUUCAGACAGAAGCUGGUAGUAAAAUGGUUGGAUCUACCAGGAAAGGCUUUUAGCACAUAUCUUUAUUACUCCACGUCGGAGCUGUCAGUCAGUGAGAGACACUAUAACCACAUUCCUGUUUUGAUAUUGCAACUCCCUCUCACUUACUGUUUUCCAUACAAGAUCCAUUUUUGUUCUCAAAAUUUUAUAUUUAGAAUAUCAAGAAGCACUAUUUGAUUUGUUGGUCUAAUUAGACUGAACAUAAAAUUCUGGAUGUUGAUAUUCUGUUGUAAAUGUGCAGUUUAUUUCAGCUUGUUUUGUAGCUCUGCUAAUAUUCUUAACAUCAUUCCAAUUUCAAUUAUUUUUGGGAAAAAAGCCCUGCAAUGCAACAAAUUUCAGCUGGAAAUAGACUUUGAUUAUUUGACACUAGCAUGGAGGAGUUUCUUGGUGCUCAAUGAACAGUGGCACUUUAUCUUUCUAAGUGCAGUACAGCCACCAGCAAACCAGCCUAUACAUUUGUCCUGUAAAAUGGUCAUCGGCAUUACUGGAAGUAGUAUUUUACUUUGACUGUUCCUUGUCCUUUAUCAAAUUCAUAAUGGGAAAAAGAGUGCAAAUAUGAUUUUAAUUAUGAUGUCUGCUCUGCCAACAAUGGAAAUUAAUUGAAAAUCUAGUAACCUUUAAUACUAAUGUCUACAUAUUAAACAGAUCCAAAAAUAGGAAAGUUGAACCUAUACACUUCAUGGCCAUAAAUUUAAUUGUUAGCCUUUGCAAUCUAUAUAUAAGGCUUGCAUACAAUGUAAUGAGUUACUUACAAUUCUUUACGUUUGUGAGACUUAUAUGGAAAAAUACUUUGAAGGCUAAUUGUUAUCUGAGCAGAAAAAUGGCUCUAUCACUUAUUGCUGUAUUCUAGCAAAUCAUCAACUAGUGGAGUGCUGAUUUAAUUUUCCACAGUUGAAGGGAAAACAGCAAAGACUGUGUCUAGAUCAUACCUUCCAAAGCACAUGUAGGCACACUUAACAUUCUUUGAAAUAUUGCUGUUAUUUACAAACCCAAGAAAGCAGACAAUUGGCAAAACUUAAAAUGAAAGAGGGAGAAAGUGAUUACAGCUUUGUCAGUAAAACUUCUAACUCAAGUGACCCUGUUAGCUCAGAGUGCCAUUGAAUCUUACAGAUGUGACUGUCUUAAAUUCAGUCCCUGGUGUCGGUGCUGUAUAAGAUUAUCUCAGCCAGAGCAGCAGUGGGGUUGCUGCAUUUGGUGCAUCAUUCUUGGGCUAAACUAGUUUUUUUAAAAAAAACUUUAUACUCCUCAUAUUCCUGAUUCCUGUUUAGUGAUGUUAGCUGAAAAGCAUGUGUACAGUUGUUCAAUGAAGGAAACAUUCCGACUUAAUUAUGACACCUUCCAUGCACUAAUAAUUUAUUCAUAUCCAUUGUGUAGGCAGCGAUAUAAAGGAUGGCCACUUAGCCAAAGCAAUGGAAAACCAGCUAGUAUAAAUCACCACCAUCAGGAGAGAUGGGAAGAAAACUGAAGGUCUAAUUUUUCCCAUUUUUAUAAGGCAAAAUUGCUUUACAACAAAAUCUAUUGAAUUAAUUUAUGAAUAGAACUGCAGCUUUUCCAUUUGCCUUCCACAAUCAUCACUUUUUGUCUCAAAAUUAAGUGGCUAAAGGGGAAGAGCAAGUUAAAUAAAACAUUUGCCAGUUGCUCUGCUGAAAUAAUGCCUUCCACACAGUGCAGAAAUGUAAAACCAAUGUUACACUGUGGCAUUCUCGUCUUGAUAUCUUUCCCUUUCAAUUUGACAAAAGAAAACCCCACUCUGAUCUUUACAGAAGUUCAUUGUACUUCUGAUUUAGCUCUCAAUGUUUGUUCUUUCCUCUCUCCUGAAAUUAAAAAAAAUCUCUAGACGUAACUGUUUUUGACAUGCCCUCUGUCUAAAAUGAGCUAGGAGUUAAUUAGAUGUUUAUUAGUAUACAGUUUGUAUGGGAUUGCCAAUUUUAUAUACAACAAGCUUGCCCAUUUUACUAGAGUUUCAAGGCACUUUUCCAAGACAUUUUAUUGCAUUUAAAUUACUGCACAAGAUUUUUGUUUUGCUCACAAUAUAACUCUCUCUUUACAGCUAGAUAGCAACCAAUAUUUGCUCUCAGCUGCCAUCAUUGUUCUAUUGUGUAUUGACCAUUGAACACUAUCUUCCAUUCCUUAGCAAUAAUUUGUUAUCUGUGUGCACUCAUGGGAUGGGUUUAUAUUUAAUGUCCAUUCUUAAUUGCCCUCUGAGCAAUUAAGAGUCAUCUACAUUGCUGUGGAUUUGGAGUCACAUGGAGACUGCACAAAGUAAGGAUGCAGAUUCUCUUCCCUUCAGGACAUAAGUGAACAAUCAUGUGGUUUUAAUGACAAGUAACAGUGGUUGCAAAGGUCGCCAUUAGACUGGCUUUUUAUCCCAGAUUUUUUCAUUGAAUUCAAAUUACACUGUCUCCCUUUGUAUUAUUCGAACAAAUGUUCUUGAGUAAUAACCUGAAAUUCUGGAUUACUAGUCCAGUGACUUGACAACUAGAGCACCAACUCCCAUUCAUAGUAUCCAUUGGGAAAGCUAGUUUGUACAAUUUAAAUAACACACUUACACAGGCAUGAUUUAAACAGACUGCUCUGGCAAAUUUGAGAUUUUCUGUAAUUCUGACAUCGGUUGGCUUUGAAAUUUGUCAUUGUUGACUCUGGACACUAAAUGUAAGACCAACUGAAAAAAUGUUCUGAUCUGUUAGAAUUUGAAAGCAAUUUUUUUUUAAAAUGUGAAACAUAAUGAGACAGGUUUUCCUGUUUCAGCAUCUGGACACAUUAGGAAUGAAAUGCCUGAAAGGGAAUCAUCUAAUUUUCUCCCUAUUCAUGUAAAUGGAUAGAGAAUACAACGGGUUCCCUUUCAGACAUCUGAACAUUUCUCAAAACAUUGCAACUGACUAAUUCAAUUCAGUACAACUAAAAACAGAAAAGUCAACUGUCCAUUGUGCUCGUCCAUUUGUUUUAGAAAGACCUGUUACUCAGUUUCUUGCUGUGCUUUAUUGCAUUUGGCAAUGCACACAACAUUCCACAGAACUUUUGCGAUCCCAAGUUCGUGCUGCAGACUAUUUAUAAAGAAUUUUAUGGAAAUUUGACUCCUAUAACAGGAGCGGGGAUAACAACAUUGUUCAAAGGGUGUGUUUCUAAAUUCAAACCAGCACUCAUGGAAAGACAAAACAUUUCAACCAAGGAUCUCAAAUAUUUAAGAUCUCUUUUCACAAUAAUUUAUUCAAGUUGCCAUCAAAUUAAAGAGUCCAUGCUGAUUGCAAAAAAAGGGUAAUGGGAACACUAAACACUAAUCUUUCCGUGCUUUGAUGACAACUUCUUAAAUAAGGACAAGAAAAAGCAACAAAAACCAUUUUAAAUUUAAAUCCUACUGAGUGCAGCAUACUGAACAUUGGUGCUGUCAUUAUUUUUGUUUAACUUUUCAAAGCAGUUUGGUUACUGUAAUUUUUUAUUAGUGAGGAUUAAAUUCCAUAUUUUGCAAAACAUUAAGGAAUGAGAUGAAAUAUUGUUCUAUGACAAUAUGGAAAAAGUAUUCCUUCUGAUAAUAUUUGCAAUGUUACUCCACACAGCAGCUGGAGUCGUUCUUCUUUCUAAACACCCGAUGUGUUAUCAAGGAGUUAAGUUUGAUCAUCAGAGUAGACAAGUGAAAAAAUCUUCAUUUACUAAAUUGACAAACCUGGCAAAUUUAUGCAUCAGAAACUGCAAGAUCUACUUUCACACAAAAUCUUUAUUAUUUUUGGAUAAUUUUGCCUCAAAAAAUAUUCAAAAUAUGUAAUGUCUUUGUUAACAAAUGCACUUUUAAAAAUUCAGACCCUUUUAUUUUAAAUAUGUGCAAAGAAACCUGCAAACACAAUAUUUUCUUAUGACGAGGAGCAGGUGAAAGAAACAAACUUGAUGUCCUGGUCUGAAAAUAAAAACCUAAUUCUCACCAGGAGAAUCAAUCAUGAGCACUAGGUACCCCUAAUUCACAAUGUUCUGCAUUCAAGUCCCACAUAAGGGCUUGAGUACAAAAUUCAGUGCUUGACUUUCUAGUGCAAGACUGGGGGAAGUGUUUGGAUUGACAAAUCUGGUUGGAGACUUUCCUGGAGAUUUCUUCAUGUUGGCAACACUAACUAUUGGAGGUGCCAUCUUGCAAUGAGAUAUGAAACUGUGACAAUAUCUACUUGUUUGGUAGACGCAAGAGUUCUCAUGCCUCUAGUUUGAAGAAGAGCAGGGCAGUUUUCCCUGUUAAAAAAUGUAUCUCCUAAUCAACGUCAUAAGAACAAAUUGCCUGGUGUUAAUCAUAGUGCUGUUUGUGGGAGUUGCUGAGUGCACAUUUAUUGCUGUGUUCAUAACAACACUUCAAAAGCACAUCAUUGUCCUAUGUUCCAUGGGUACAAAUGUAGGUUACUGUUCAGGAGCGUCAAAGAGUGGAGGGAGCAGACUAAACAAAAUUGUGGGCAUAAACUGAAUUGAAGGAAUACUUGGCUGCAGUGGGAAAUGGCAUAGUGGCACAGUUUACCCCUCCCGAUUUUCCCAGAGUUGCGUUUGUAACCAUAUCAACAACUCUCCUGACAGAGGCAAGAUUUAAAUCAAGGUAUUUAAUGAGGUUUCAAUGAGCCAAACACUGCUGACUUUAACAUGGCAGUGCACUGUCAUGAGGAUGAUAUCAGCAGCCUUCCCUUACCCUGGGUCAGAAUCAUGGCAACUCAACAGAAUCAGUUGAAAAUAUUUGAAAAAUGACAAGGAUGCUGCCUUGCUUGAUCAGAGGCCUGCUACUGCAUUAGGAUCGCAAGGAAGCUGAUGUGUCCGACAGUGCUGCAUCUAUUAUAGUGACAGCUGCUCCUUUGGUGAAGUGGCAGCCUUUCUUGAGUUCAUACUCCUUGGAUUUCAGCAAUGUUGUCACUGGUGAGACAGUGGAGUCUGCUGGUCAAUGGCAAUGGUCCAUAAUGUAUCAAACUCCUCCCUUCCAGAUCCAACUGCCAUUUUUAAUUGGACAAGCUUAGAGGCCGUCAAGCAAGGAUUUGGCCAGUGGGCAUGCAGCUACAGUGAGCAGGGGCAGGAUCUGAAUGUAAUUCCAAAACUUGAGAAUGAUCUAAAUAUAAAAGAUUCCAGCCUAGGGUCUCAUAUGAAGCAAAAGCAGAAAGUGCUGAGGAAACUCAAUGUCUGACACCAUCUUUGGAGAGAGAAACAAAUUUAACAAAUUAAAUCCAAUAUGAUUCUUCUUCAGACACCUAAACCAGAGACCAUGCAGAAAGCAUGAGAUCAGAAAAUUGCCCUCUGAAAUAUUUGUUUUAAGCAUAGAGUGAUACACCACUGACUAGAUAUUUCAGUCAAUUUCUGAUUGACAGAAAUUGUUUGUAGUAGAAACAGUAAUAUUUUGAAUAUAGAUUAGCAAGUCUGUCAGCACUAAUGGAAUUAAAAUUCAGAGAAUAAAACAAGAUGUUGAUUCCUUACUGCCUAUUUUCCAUUAAUGCACAGUUAGAGUCUACCACAAGAAUUCAGCCCAGUAACAAUUUUCUGAUGAACAGUAAGCUUGUGAGAGCACUGCCCUGUUUUGACUCUGCAAUUUAAACUUUCCCUUGAAAUUGAAAUUUGGUUUACAAGCUUUUUAUUUUGGCCAGUAGAGGGUGGCAGAUCUCUUAUCAGCAAAAUUAACCAGCAGUAAACUGAUUGUUUUAACUUGCUUACCAACAGGACCAAACUGCACCAACGAUGGCAACAAUGCAAAGUCAUAAUGAAAAUAAGCGUACAAACCUGUUUUGUAUAUAAAUCUGUCACAACCUGUGCUGAAAUUUUUACAAUAUUUUGAAACACUUCUGAUACAUUUUGAUAUAUUUGUCACAGUUACACUUUUAGCAUCUUUUGGGAGGAAAAUAUUUUUGUAAUAAUAGUUUAACCUUCUUCCUACUGAGGCAGUAGGAAAUUUGUAAAUUGCUGAACUAUGUUAAAGGGAAAAUAUAUUUUAUUUCCAGAUCAUUUAACAUAAAAGUGAGGUAGUUUUCUUUGUUCCCGUUGCAAAGCUUUUAGCACUUAAUUGUAUAGUUGUGAUAUUGUGGGGUAAAAUUGUAAAUAUAUUUAUCGAGGAUUGAUGCAUGCAAUGUGAUUUUCUCUUGCCUCUGAUGGUUUAUAUAUAACUAUGUGGAAGGAUAGUGACAUUUUAUAGGUUAUUGUUUUGUACAUUUGAAGUUCUCUCUUUUCAAACCAUCUCCCUAUCCAGGAUAUUGAAUUUUAUAAGACAUUUACAGCCAUUUUGUAUGAAUAAAGGUCCAAUAAUUUUGUUUUUAUAAGUUAUAAACUUCAAGAGACUUAGUGGCAAAGUGCAUUCUGCAUACUGUCCCUUUGUUUCAAACUAAUGGGAUGAAUGUGUCUUCACACUGGUGGCUGUAAUGAUCAUACAUGGAGUAGUCAAGACCUAAAAUCAGUUUAUAUUAACUAUGAAUACUUCUUCAAAAGCUCACCAUCAUUCCUGUUUACACUGAUUAAGGAGAUAGAAAUGGAACACAGAUGGAUUGGGGUGUUUGAUUUGCAAAACGUGAGAAAUAAAGAAUCUCUAUUGGCACUUUUUUUUAAUUUUAAAGCUAGUUCAUACUGAUACUUUUAUUGUGCUACUUCGAAAUCUGGUGUGUGAGAGUAUACAUGACUUAAAAUAAAUUAGUUUCACACUCAACAUUUGAUAUGUCAUAAAGUAAAGGUUUUCAAAUUGAUGCAUCUUGGCAAUAUUCUGGUGACUGUAAACAUUGGCAGUUGAGAUGCAUAAACCUCACCUUGAUGUCAGUGGAAGAGUUUUAUUUUGAUGUGCGAUGUCAAAUAAAACCAUGAAGCCAUUUAUAAAGAAUUGGUUUACAAUUUCAUUAAACAUAGCGUAGAAAGGAAAUCUUCCCCAUGACGAUUUUUUGCAGAUGCACAAAAGCAUAGUUGUGAUUUUGGACAUUAGUGCAAAAUGGACAAUGUUGAUUAUUUUGCAUCUCUUCCUCUUAUUUUCAUUGAAUUAUAGUAAAAGGAGGGAAAAAUGGUGUGAGGUGUAUAAGAAGCAGUUGAAUCAAUAUUACAUAGUUUACAUUAAUGUCCAAAGUUGUAACUUCCUGCAGUAAAAUGGUGAUAUCACUUGCUGGCUUAGAUGGAUUCACCUGGUACAUACUGUAUCUCACCGUGUGGAUGAUAUAGUUAUACAAAGUUCUGGAUUCUGUCAUUGAGUGGAGAGACAAGAAUCAUUUAAUUCCUUAUUAUCAUCAUUAAUUUUCCUAGUCUCAAGCAUGAACAAAACAUCAAUAAAUUCCAUGUACAGUACCUUCAUUUCUUAAUCAACAUAACAUUACAUACAUUUAAUGCAAGUUAUAAUUUAUGUCUGCUAAAACAAAAUGAAUGAUUGUUUGAUUCUGACCAUUCA